GAAGUCAAAAAGGAGGAGGGACAGAAGAGCCACCGCGCCUGGCCAAGAUAGACAUCUCUUAAUGGCUACUUUCCCAACAAAAAGCUGGAUCAAAGGCAAUUCUGGGGAGAUGGCUGAGACAUGUUGAGGGUGCCACCUCCCUGCAGAAUGCCAUAAUUACUCCCAGCCCCAGCGGCAGUCACCAGCGUUCUGCCCCAAACAGUAGAGGGCUGUAUAAAUAAGCAACGCCUGAAGAGUGGCAUCACAAGAAUCUGUGCAGCACCAGGCUCGAUGGCUCCCAGAUAACAAGACAGGCAGGACCAAGACCUCUCCCUUCAUGACAAAGCAGUUCUGAGGAUCCAUUAAGAUGGUCACAAAAGGAGCCUCCACCACAGACCCCUUUGCCUUGUGCUUUCUUGAGAAUCAGGCAGAGUACAGCUAGCCUUCUAAAAGGGCUUCUAAGCCCUCCUAAAUCAGGCAACUGGCUGUGAGGUGGGCUAGCGCUAUGAGGGCUGGGCACAGAACCUCGGGGAUGUCUGGCUUUGAAGCUGAAAGGAACCUUAGAGACCAUUUUCUUGCAUCCUCCACUUCCACGCAUGAAUGGCAACUGGGGAGAGGGGAGGAAGUAACCAGUUACCAAACGUCCUAUUUUUCCUGUCCUGCUCCCACAGGACCAAGAUUGCAGCUCAGCACACAAGCACAGGCAAAUUCUAGAAGGCUUUAUUAGUGAUAAGUCAUAACUGCUUCCAUGUCACAGGGGUUGAUGCUCAGCAAAGAGACCAGUAAAAACACUAAGCCAUUUGCCAAACACGUAAAGAUUUUAAGAUACAAACUGAUCGUAAAAUGCAUACCAGGAUAUUUUCAGCUGUACCUGUCUUCCAAGUGCAGGAAAUCUCAUAUGUCUCAUCUCCAGAGCUAUAUGCUCCCUCCCAGGCUCAAAGGAAAGUCUUCUCAGACUAAGGAGUCAUGGCUUUUUCCCAGAAAUGUGCUCAUCAUCUCUCACCUACACCAUUCAACCCUCCUAACUGGCUUUCGAAGUUCACCUUCCUCCAAUUCUUACUCCAGUGGAAGCCAGCCAAGGCAGUCUUGCUAAAAUUCAAAUUUAUACAUGAUAUCCUUGCUUAAAAUCCUUGAGUCUCCCCUUUGCCUAGAGGGCAGCUCAAAUAACAUUCUGCCAUGCAAAAGCCUUCAUGAUCAAGCCCCUGCCUCCUUCUCUAGCCAUAGGGCCAUUUCUCCAUCUCCUUCUAGAACUUUACAGCCCAGUAACAGGUAACUGCUGGCAUUUCCUGGCACACAACACAGAGUCUCUAGCCUUUGUGACUUUACACCACCUUCUCUAUCGUUUUGCUCUGCCUCCACUGAAUCUUCCUCUGAAUGAUCCACCUGGGCAAAUCCUCACCCUUUAAGUCAACUCAAGGGUCACCUGCUCCAAAAAUCUUCCCCAUAUCCCACCCCCAAACUGGUUAGAUACCCCACUCUGUGGUCUCAGAGCUUCCAUGCCUUCCUCCCCUUAUCACUUCACAUUCUGGCCACGUGUUCGUAACCUGACUCUCCCACCAGCCUGCCCUUUGAGAAGGGGCAGCCGGGCACACAUCGCUGACAUGCAGUAAUAACCAAUGAUUGGAUGCUCAGAGGCUGCAGAGCCACUUUCCCAAACAAGAGGGGAUUGCUCUGGACUGAGCCCCUGUCCACUGUGCUCUUUAACCUCGUGGCAUGGAGUCAUCCCCAGAAUGUGACGGUGGGGAGAGGGGAAGGGGACUCAGCAUGAGUGGCCUGGGGCUGAAAGGCAGCCCUGGCCCUUGUUGCAGUCUUGUCCUUGGCCACUUUCCCCUUCAGCCACAAGAUACAGAUCCUGCCAGCCCUCCUAAUGCCUUGCCAGGAAGAUGCAGGCUACCUCCAUGUGGGUCCCUCACCUCGGGCAGCAGCAAGGAAAGGGAAAGGGCUUGGGAUCCUACAGACAUGGGCUCCAAGCAAGCACUGCACCAACCAGCUGUGGAGCCAGGCAAGAUGCUUCACCUCAGUGGGAGAAGGGAGCUCUUCACCUGAGGAAUGAGAAGAAAAGUCUCACCAAGGAGCAAGGUGGGGUGAUGAAGUGAAAUAACUUAUAUCAAGCCCCUAGUGUGGGCAACUGAACUUAGGAAGCCAAGAUGCCAACAGUACUCUAGUAUCUAUGUACACACUUGGAGUCACAACCCAUCACCUACUGCAGCAAAAGCUUCCUGCUAUCUGCUGUGAGAAGCAGUGCAUUUGAGGGACAAACAAGGAGUUCCACAAAAGGAUGACAAAUAUCUCUGAAGGCAAGUAGAGUUAGGGGCCACCUCGCCACCCCAUUCCCAGGUUGGGCCCACAGUAGGAGCCAGAAGGAGAUGCUCGUAUUGCCAAAUAUCAGAGCUGAACAUGGCAUUUAAAAUAUCCUCAGUGUCUACAUGAGGAAGCGAAGGUCCAGAGAGGGGAACAACCAAAGUCACAGGGUGUCGGUUGUAGAAAGCAUCCAGGAUUUCUAAUCCUGAUUUAGGCCAAGGUGUGCCAGAAAUCAAACUCAAAAGGGAAAAAGUUGAAGAUCUGCAACAAAUUUAAGUAACUGGGGAACAUCCUUCCUCCCCACCGUCUGUGUUGGUGGUCUUUGACCUGGAGUCCCUGAACACCUUAUAGAUGACGGCAUGUACAUGACACAGGAGAGUUGCUUUGUCUCUUCAACAGCAUUCUAAGAAAAGAUGAAAAAUACAAAGAGGAAGAGGACUGAAAGGAGGAAAUGAAAAAAGAGGAGAAAAAGAAGGAUGAGUUUCCCCACCCUACACCUACUCUCUCAGAUGCCCCAAAUGACUUUGUCUCUUCAGAUAUACAGCUGGGUAUUCCAAGUCCUUCCACUCUCAGGCCUCUGUCUACUGCCAGGACAUCAAUGGGGCUCAUGGUGAUGUCACAUUAACCUCUGAGAACCAGUCUCAAAGGCUCUGCAAAUCACCCUAGGAUGUCCUUCAGUGAGCAGCAGUGCAAGCAGCCAUGUGUGCCCCCUCCAUUCCUCCCAAAGACCCAGGAGCAGUGCCAGGCAAAGGCUGAGGAGGUGUGCCUCCCCACAUGCCAGCACCCCUGCCAAGAUAAGUGUCUAGUGCAGGCCCAGGAGGUAUGUCUUUCUCAGUGCCAGGAAUUAAGUCAAGAAAAAUGCCCACAGCAAGGCCAAGAUCCAUGCCUACCUCCAUGCCAAGACCAAUGUCCACCUCAGUGUGCAGAACCAUGCCAGGAGCUAUUCCAGACAAAAUGUGUGGAGGUUUGCCCACAGAAAGUCCAGGAGAAGUGCUCAUCCCCUGGCAAGGGAAAGUAGCUGCUCAUAUGUCAUCUGGGGUGAAGAAGAUGGCCAGCAGAUGAAACCCUGACCCCAGCCCAGCUCUGGUGACCUUCUUCUGUGGUUACCUCUGUGUGCAAUGUACCUUCUUGCCUCCUGGCUUCCUUAGCAUUCCAGGACUUGGUCUGUGUCUCUGAAGACAGUUCUUUCUGUAUUUCAUCACCCUCUGUGAAUAAGCAUUGUUCUCAACAGUCUGAUGGAAGGUCUUAAAUGUAGGAAUGGUGUGGUUGUCAGGGAAGACCACAGAAGCCUAGCACAGCUUCCUUGGUGCAAAAAUUCACGCAGCUCUGGGUGUGUAACAGCCAAGGAUGCCUUCAUUCAUCUUUCCGAGUUUCAGGCUCUCAAAUAAGCCUCAAAACAAAUUGAAUUCUGAUGGACUUUCCACUUAUCACCACCAACACCACCUCCACCACCACCACCACCACAGGUGUUGAGACAAAGCGGCUUGCGGUGUUUCAAAAAUCAAAAAUUGGGUGAUUUUGUCUCUAUACAUUAAAAAGAACAGCAAAUUAUUGAA